AUGAUAUCCCGUAAAGGACAAAAAGCUAUUAACGAAGGGGUUGUUGGCAAAUAUGUAAAAAAAGAUACUCCACCAGAUUUACCUAUUAUAAAUGUCUGGACAACGGGUAACAACAGAAGGCCGCGUAGCCAACCCUUCGGAUCUAAUGAAGGGCAUAUGCAAGGCAUAGAAAACAAAUUUGGUAAAGCCCAAACUGUAAGCGGUCAUGCAGGGAAAUACACUCCUAGUGAAUCAGUACCAAAUUUGGCUCACAGAUUUGCAAGUCUAUCCACCGGUGACACAGCCAGUUCUUCAAGCAAUUUCAAUUCUCAAUUUCAUUUAGAUGUAAACUUAGCAUCUCAUUCAACCCUCAAUGAAAUUGACGAUUCAUUUAGCCGACAGACAAGUCACAGGUACUAUAGACAAGCACAGACAGAAGAUCCUAUCUAUCAAAAUCAGCAGCAAGUCCAACAACAAAAACACCAGCAUUACAGUUCAAGGGAGUCGAGUAUUCCUCGGAUUUCAUCCAACAUGAGUUUGACUCCGAGACUCCAUCCACCUUCUCCUCACUCUAUCAGAUUACAUUGUAAUGAUUCCUUUCCACCAGCUACCCAGUCAUCUCCAAUAUAUUCUAACUAUGUGAACACUCCAGCGCUCCCAGCACUGCCAUAUCAUAAUAAAGGCAACAUAAUUUCUUCUAGUCAAGGUUCCGAAGAAUGCGAGCUACCUUUGCCACCGGGCUGGUCAGCGGACCGCACCCUGCGUGGCCGUCGUUAUUAUAUGGAUCAUAAUACACAAACAACACAUUGGACACACCCAUUGGAGAGCGUACCACGUCCCUGGCACCGCGUCUCCACGCCACAUCAUGGAGUUUACUACUUCAAGUUAAUAGUUUUAAUUCAUGAUACAAUCAAAUAUGAGAUAACUCAUCAGACUACAUAUGUUCAUCCAUGUCUUGUCGGAGGAUGCUAUCUUGUUAGUUCACUCGUACCAGCCCUGGUGCCACCGUACUUGUUGGAGGAAAUACCUCACUGGCUGAUUGUAUACUCAAAAGCCGAUCAAGAACUAGAUCACAAGCUACGUUGGAACAUGUUCAGACUGAGUGAGUUAGACUGUUACUCAGAUAUGCUCACAAGACUGUACAAGCAGGAACUACAGUUGAUUGUUAUGAAGUAUGAACAGUAUAGGUAUGUAACAAAAAAACCUUGA